GGAGGAGGAAAAAACUAGAGGGUGGAAGACGACGGCUCCUGGAGUCCAUAAGAAAAGAGGGAGGAGGAAAGGAGGCGGCAGUCGGCAGCGAGAAUGGCGUGCUCUCCCUCUCCCCGCCUCUUCAACCGCGCGUCGGUUCUCCCCCCUGCUUCUUCUUCUUCCUCGGUUGGGCGUGUGUGCUCGGCUCCGUCCACGUUCGGAUGGACCAUCCAAUACAAGCAACCAGGACAUACAUUGUAUGGAAGAAGCCAUGUGCCCAGCUUCCUGGCUCUUGCUAGUGCAGAUGCACCACAAGGCAAAAGAAGUUCAGGUCAGAAUGUGGUAAUGGUUGAUCCACUGGAAGCUAAGCGCUUAGCAGUGAAACAAAUGCAAGAAAUCCGUGCGAGAGAAAAGCUGAAGAACCGUCGCCGAGCAGAAGCAAUUAACGGUGCAUUGGCAAUGAUAGGACUGACUGCAGGAGCGGUAUUGGAAGGCCGUACAGGAAAAGGUAUCUUGGGGCAGCUAGCAGGAUAUCUGGCGGCUCUAUCUAGUUUAUUUGGACAAUAACAUAUCUCCGUAGACCAUUUUUGCAUGUCCAAUGACCUACUCAGCUACUCCUAUAUGGCCUGGUCUGAAAAUCAAACAUUGCACUUGCAGUGUUUUCCAUGUACUCAACAGCUUCUCUGCCAUCUUUUUACUCAAAACUUUGAGAGAGUAGUUGAGAAGUGCUAGAAGCCUUGUUCGGUAUACUCGGUUUAUAGCAUUUGCAUUGUAAUAGAUGCCAAUGUUAUUUUUUUUAGGGAAACACAGCAAGAGAGUGUUAUAUUGUAAUUAUAAAUUUAAAAACUUUGUGAUGUUCAACCAUCGAGGGGGGAACAUAACAAGAGGAAUAUUUGAAAAUAUUGUCUGACCACUCAGAUAACUGUUCUUUGUAUUUACUUGUUUACUCUA